ACGUAAACAAAAUUCUCUACAAAACAAAAACUGAUAAUCAGUUGAUCUAAAGUGUCAGAAGUGUAGUAUAGUAAGUUAAAUACGUUAAAUAUAUGGGAAAAAUGGCAGAAAAGGAGACGUUGGAAAAAAAUGAUGAAAUCGAAUGGGUUCCUAAACACUUUUUUGAGGCAUAUGUCACAGAAAGUGCCUUCCAAAAGUUGAAACGCAAAUCCAAAGAAAAUCCUAUGGUUCCUAUUGGGCUUGGCAUGACAAUUUGUGCUUUAAGUUAUGGUCUUUACAACUUCUACCACGGACGUCAUGCGUUGCAACAACAUAGUAUGCGUGCUCGAGUUACUUUUCAAGGAUUGACACUUGCUGCCAUAUGUUACAGUAUGUACAUUGAAGGGCAAAACCGACUGAAAAAGGAUCAAGAAGCAAGAGAAAAAGCAAAAUCCUCAAAAGUUUAAUUUUCCCUAGCAAAUUGUCUUUGUAUAGUUGUUAGAUUUAGAAAUUUAUUUUAUAAUAUAGUAUAUGCUACGAUUAAUAAUUAAUCAAAUUAAUGGCAAUUUGUCACUGAAAAAUUGCAAUUAAAUGUACCAUUGUUUGCACCUGUGAAAAAUAGGGAUUCAUAAUGGACAAAAGCUGAAUAAAAGUAAAAAAAUCAUUAUAUUUUAAA